GCGGGCUGCAGAGAAGGCUGGCGCAUGCAUUCUCUUCCUCCCUCCCCUCUGCAAACUCGCACCGAACGGCCAGCAGCACCACCACAGUAUCUACUCCGUACCAAAGCCCAGCUCACCUAACCCAUCAAUCAUCUGCCCCAGCCCCACCCAGCCUCUCUCCCCCCCAAGAGGUUUGAAACCCAACUCAACCACCACUGCCAGCACCACCUCAGAGGACGGCCUCCGUAAGCGCCUGGGACAGCCUCCCGCCCCUUGGACCCCAUCCCCCAUCCCUCCUCCCUCCUCCCGAGCCGAGUUGCCAGAGCUCACGGGUACUUUGUCCCUACCACCGCAUCCCAGCCAGCUCCAAGGUACCCCCAGCGCCCCCCCGUGUUCCUGUCCCGCAGCGCAUCCCGUCACACCCCCUCCGUUCCGCGUACCCGUUGCCUUCCCAUCGCCCAAUGACGACGACGGGAUCGGGCCUUGAUUUGCUGCCAGGCCAGAGGUUCCAAGCAUUCCCGCGAUUGCUCCUUCCCAGAGAAUGACAUGGCAACCUUCCAGGCGCAAUGACAACCAGACUAGCAAGCCUCCGCCUCCUUUUCGACACGAACGGUCCUCAUCCGGCUCAAGACUUCUACGGGAGGUUGCCAACACAGAAAGCUGGAGGGACAUGUCGCAGCGGAAUAGAGAGACGAGGCCAGGGGCCCGGGCUCGCAACAGUAGCGCCCAGGGCGAGGAGGUCGGGCUCUGGCAAAAGAUCCAGGAGGAUCUUGCCACGGUCAUCGCAGAGGUGAACCAGAGCAAUGACAACGUCCGUCAGAUCGCCGGCCAGGAGAGCUACAUAGUCAGCAACCAGGACUCCAAGGACCCCACCGAUAUCAAGUCCGUAGACGAGGGGCUUCAAAACCUGGACAAGCUCUAUCGCGACGGCGUCAAGAUCAACGAUAGCACCGUGAAAAAGAUCACCGAUCUGCUGGGCUUCAUUGAGAUAUUGAAAGGCAUCCAAGAAGCCAAGGAGAAGGCCGCCGCACCAGCAACCGGGUCCUCGUCUCGUUCGGCCAGCCUGCUUUCCGGCACCAACCGCAGCUCCAGCCGGACCGGCAAGCCGGACAAGGCUGAUCGCGAGCGCGAGAGGGAAAGAGAGCGUGAAAGAGAGCGCGAGAGAGAGCGCGAGAGAGAAAGGGACCAGCGGGAAAAAGAUCGGGAGCGGGAGCGCGAACGGGAGCGCGAGAAGGAGAGGGAGCGCAACCGCGACCGCGACCGCGACCGCGACCGCGACCGUGACCGUGACCGCGACCGUGACCGCGACAGCGAGAGAGAUGCCGAAAGGGACAGGGACAGGGACAGGGACAGGGACAAGGACAAGGCCGAUCUCUACGACUUUGACGGGUCUGCUGACAGCCCGCAUCCCAGCCCCAUCGGCGGCCACGCGCGGAAGCUCGGCGGGCGCAGCGGAGGAGCGUCGAGCGACCGGUCGGGGAACCGUGACAGCGUCCCGCCACGACCAGGCGACCGCGAUACCCCCAAGGCCGAAAGUGCGGAGCCGCAGUCCGGCAGCUUCUCGUCGGGGGCGCCCACGGUGGGAAGCUCGAUCCGGGCCAAGGUCAUGUUCUCGCGGGAUCAGGACGUGGCCUUCAAACCCAAGCCGCCGACACCCAACGACACCACAGAGUGGUACCUAGGCAAGGUGAAGCAGGUGACGGGCGAGGGUAAGGGCCGGCGUUACAUUGUCAAGGACGAGGACCCGGAUGUGCCCUCGCCUGCUAGGAAGGAAUAUAAAAUGUCCGCGUCGGCGAUGAUACCGAUCCCGCCGCCCAGCACAGAGCUGCCGAAGCUCGAAAAGGGCAAGACGGUCCUAGCGCUGUACCCCGACAGUACGACUUUCUACAAGGCCGAGGUGACGGGGAUGGACGCCAGCACGGGAAACGUCAACUUGCGGUUCGAAGGGGAGGAGCAGUCAGGGACUCAGCAGGUUGUGGAGCGCCGGUUUGUGGUGGACUAUCGGGACUAG